AUGCUUGUAAUGUCCAUAAGGUCCACAAGACACGAUACGGUGACACGGUGCGAUGCAGACGACGGUAUUCCCGAAAGGAUCACAUCCGGCGCUCGCGUGCCGGCCAUCUUCGGCCUUCUCGUAACGUCUUGCACGGCCGACAACAUUCUCUACACCGACGAGACGCUCUACACGGGGCAGUCACUGACGUACGGGGCCAAAAGACUCGCUAUGCAGUCAGACUGGAACCUGGUCCUCUACGACUCUAAUCGUGCCGUCAACGGCAACGCUCUGUGGGCGUCCGACACCUCGAGGAACCGAGCCAACUAUAUAUUGGUCCUGCAAAGGGAUCACAAUGUGGUGAUCUAUGGCCCUGCGAUCUGGGCCACCGGCACCAACUACCGCACUCCCGGUCUCGUCAUAGCCCGGAACGCCACCGGCACUCCGGUGGUCGUCGCGUUCGCCGCUGAGGACGUCAACAACAGGAAGAUCGCCAUGGUGACUAAAGAACUGACUGGUGGCGGUGAUUCUGCUAUAAUAAGCACGCUUUGA